AUGUUCUUCAUCGUCCUGCGUAAGGGUCGCGGGGCCUGGUCUAUACUUCGGGCAUCGAUCGCCCGACGCUUACGGCUGAAGAACGACCCCGCGGACGCUUCCGAGAGAAAGGAGCAAACCACAGGCCAUCCCGAUGCCCCCGACCCACGGACCGCAACCCCGUUUGAUAUCCACGUCACACCCCCCGCUAGAAGAGAUACGCGGUCCAGCGACACGGACGGGAUUGUGAAUCAGUUAGCACUCCUCGCGGCCAGUGUUAGUCGGUCAUCCCCGAGCACCACGAUGGGUUCCAAGAGAUCAUCAUCGCCCUUAUCCACAAACGUCCAGAACACGCGACCGGAUGGUGACAACAGCCAGGAGUAUCUGGUGGCCGAAGUGGAAUCAUUCCAUUACUUGCGCAGUCUCAUCACCGUCUCGUGCAUGCCACAGCCGUCGUCGGGGUACAGUUCCACCCCAUCCACCGUGGAGGUCACCGAUCAACCGCCGGGUCGCAAACGAGCGUCCUCAAGGCUGAGCCUGUGUCUCGGUGAGCUACCCGGUCUUCCCUUCUCCAAGGUGGCCCGCAAGCCUUGUCAUCGCUAUACCCCCCUGCCGCCGGUAUACGCCCCCAAGCCCAUCGCGAUGCGGCCCGAGGUGCGUUUCUAA